AUGCUCGUGAGGCUUGUGUUGGGGCUCUUCGUCCUCAAAGCUGUGGUUGCCAGCCCCAGAUUUUCCCGACAAGUGGACUUGGACACAUACGACAGUGCCAACUAUGAUGUGGAUCGAGACAAUUUAAAUUCAGAGAACCAGGAUAUCUAUGACUAUGAAGAUGAGCUGACAAUUGAUGAUCCUCAGAUAGAGAUUGGAACACUGGCCCCACCUGAUUAUAACUAUCCUGUACCUGAGGCUUCAGUGGAAGAACUAGAAGAGGAGGAGGAAGAGUUGCCCCUAAAACCCCAGCUCAUCCCUCAGGGUUCAGGGGGAUCUGGGGUUCUCAUGGGCCCAGACACACAGAAAGAGGUGGAGCUGCGUCUGACGCCCAUUGACAUCCUUCAUGUCUCCGGGGAUUUUGGGGGCUCCGUAGGGUCUGGGGCUUCAGGAGCUUCUGGGGUUUCUGGGUCUGGAGGCUCAGGAGACCUACUGGUCUCCAGUGCCUCUGGGGGUUCUGGUGACAUUGUCCUGAUCUCUGGAGUUUCUGAGGAACUCCACAUCUCGGGGGGAUCUGGGGAGUUCUUGGUAUCUGGAGAUCUCUUGAUAUCAGGGGAUCUCUGGGGAUCUGGGGAUCUUUCUGGAUCUGGGGAUACCAUGGGAUCCGCAACUUCUGGGGACUUUGGCUCUGGAGGAUCUGGAAUUUCUAUUGAACUCCCCCUGGGCUCUGGAGGGUCUGGGGACCAGUCUGGUUCUGGGUUCUCCGGAGAUCUCCAGAUCUCAGGGGCCUCUGGAAGCUCUGGAAGCUCUGGGGUUUCUGGAGACUCUGAUGAGUCUGGGGUCUCAGGGAUAACAUUGAUAUCUGGAGAGGAGGAGCUGCCCCUCAUUCCCGACACUAUACCCCAUGAGGCAUCGGGUGCUUCUGGGGAGUUCUCAGGAGCUUCAGGAAUCUCAGGGGCCUCAGGGGAUCUUGGAGCCUCUGGAGACUUAUCAGGCUCCGGAGAGUCAGGGACUUCUGGCAUCUCUGUUUCUGGAGACUCCGAGGUCCCUGACGUAACCCUGGUCCCUGACGUUGAUAAAGAGGAGGGGCUGCUUCCAACCACACCAGAAACCCCUCAGGAGGGUACUGGCAGUAUAGAUGAGUCAGGGAGCUCUGACCUGCCAGAGCCUGAAGAGCCCGACAAGCCUGAUGAGCCUGACGUUGACAGGCGAGGUAUGCCCACUUGCUUGCUGUGCACGUGCCUUGGUGGUUCGGUCUACUGUGAUGACUUGAAGCUGGAUAGUGUACCACCUCUCCCCAAAGACACCACUCACUUCUAUGCCCGCUACAACAGAAUCACCAAGAUCAACAAGUCUGACUUUGCUUCCAUGAACAAACUUAAGAGGAUCGACUUAACCGCCAAUGAGAUAACGUCCAUCGAUGAAAACGCAUUUUUGGGUCUGCCUGAGUUGGAGGAGCUGGUAAUUCGAGAAAAUCACAUCUCACAGCUGCCUGCUCUCCCGGAGACCAUGACCCUGAUUGAUGCCAGCCACAACAACAUUGGUAGCAAGGGUAUUCACAAAGAGGCGUUUAAAGAUAUGACUGCCCUGCUGUACCUGUACCUAACAGACAACCACAUUGACUACAUCCCUGUGCCUCUACCAGACAGCCUGCGAUCUCUACACUUACAGCGUAACAAUAUUCAAAUGAUGCACGAGGACACGUUCUGCAACCUGAGAGAUUUCAAUUACAUCAGGAACGCACUGGAGGACAUCCGUCUGGACGGCAACCCCAUCAACCUCAGCAGGACCCCACAGGCAUACAUCUGCCUGCCCCGCAUACCCAUCGGGGAUCUCAUUUAA